CGCACCGACUGACUCUCUUCACGGGAAUGCGUGUGAGGGCGAACGUGGCACGCGCCGCCACCAGCGUGAACCGACACGUGCAGAUCAUGUUAUCGACGCGCGGGCGCCGGACCGCCGCGAGCGCGCCGUGCCCGUGAGCGCGAGUCGAGUCAGCGCCGUUACUCCGCUGAGAAAGUGGGAGCGCGGCUCUCCGCGGACGUUUUCCACGGCCGUCCCGCCGCGCUGCCCAGACAACGAAACGAAAAAGCCUCUCAGACGCCGGCCCGCGCGAGCUGGAGCUGUGCCUCCGUUCGCCGCUGGCGGCCAAGUGAAGUGGUGAGGCGGCUGCUGACCGCGAGCACAGGGGUAGAGCAGCGCGGCGACAGCGGGAGGAGGAGGAGGAGGAGGAAGAGGAGGAGGUGGAGAGCGCGGCUCCGCUUCGGGGACACAGAUGAGCCGCUGCCCCGGACCGGGUUCGACUGUUGAACGAACUGGCCUGCGCACAGCACCUCUGCCGUCUCACUCCGUCCGUGCGAGGAGCAGGAACACGCGUCUCGGCGCGUCUGGCGGAGCGGAGCGGAGCACCCUAUGAUCUGCCUGGGACUAGACUAGUAGUUUCCCGUUUUUUUACGUUACUCGCUGCGCUCCGGUGUUACUCCUCGCUCUUCCGUCCGGUUUCCACGGGAAACCAUGUCCACGGUAAACUUGGCCCAGGACAGCUGAGCUGUGCUUGAGGACGUACGUUCAUCGCGGAGGGGCCAGAUGUUGGAGUUGAACUAGACUGCGUGGGACAUCGCAACUCCCGCGUUCGCACUGAGACACACACAGCCAGUGGCACCGCGCGCGCGCGCGCACACACACACACACACACAGCGGGACAGCUCACUGUAUCUCUGAUCAGAGGAGUGUAUCAUGCUGUUGAAGGAGUACAGGAUAUGUAUGCCACUCACGGUGGAGGAGUACAGGAUUGGGCAGCUGUACAUGAUCAGCAAGCACAGCCACGAGCAGAGCGACCGAGGUGAGGGCGUAGAGGUGGUGCAGAACGAGCCCUACGAAGACCCCGCUCACGGCCAAGGCCAGUUCACCGAGAAGCGGGUUUACCUCAACAGCAAGCUACCCAGCUGGGCCAGAGCUGUCGUCCCCAAAAUUUUCUACGUCACUGAGAAGGCCUGGAACUACUACCCUUACACUAUCACCGAAUACACAUGCUCCUUUCUGCCCAAGUUUUCGAUCCACAUAGAAACCAAAUAUGAGGACAACAAAGGCUGCAAUGACAACAUCUUUGACUGCGAAGCCAAAGACCAGGAGAGAGAGGUUUGCUUCAUCGACAUUGCUUACGACGAGAUCCCUGAGCGCUACUACAAAGAGUCUGAGGACCCACGAUACUUUAAGUCAGAGAAGACAUCGCGGGGGCUACUCCAGGAGGGCUGGCGGGAGACGCAGCAGCCCAUCAUGUGCUCCUAUAAGCUGGUGACGGUCAAGUUCGAGGUGUGGGGUCUGCAGACGAGAGUGGAGCAGUUUGUGCACAAGGUCAUACGGGACAUCCUCCUUCUGGGACACAGGCAAGCCUUCACCUGGGUCGAUGAGUGGAUCGACAUGACGAUGGAUGAGGUGAGAGAAUAUGAACGCGCCACUCAAGAAGCAACCAACAAAAAGAUUGGGAUUUUCCCCCCAUCCAUCUCCAUCAGUGAGACUCCCCUGGCAUCCAGCAGUCGAACCGGUCCGUCCAGCGCCCCCUCGACCCCCCUCACCACCGAUGCACCAGAGUUCCUGUCCGUGCCGAAGGACCGGCCCCGAAAGAAGUCGGCCCCCGAAACUCUGACCCUGCCUGACCCUGCCCACAACGAGCUGAGCCUCCCUGCGUCCAGCUCUGUGCCUAUGGAUUCCAACAGGCAGCCGCCUCAGUGAAGAGCCCCACACAAACAAACAUACAAAUGGAAACACAAACAAAGAUACAAACCAACACAAACACCCUCCUGCUCUUAGCAGCCAAUUGCCCAUAUUUGGCCUCAGUGCAAACCUGCUGGCUAUGUCCCAGUGAUUUACCAUCCGACUCCCUGGCUGUGGCCGAGUGAUUAAUCUCCAAACUCCUGGGCUAUGCCUCAGUGAUUAAUUACUAAAUUUACUGGCCUUGCACCAAUUGAUUACCUUCAGACUUGAUGGCCAAGUGCAAAUGGUGUAGUUCAAAGUCACUAACUGCACUGUCAUAUUUCACUUUCAGAGUCGCUGGCUGUCUCCCAAACCCCAGCGCGCUUUGAGAAUGUAUCUGUUCCCCAUGCAGGCACAGUGUGAGUGGGUACUGCUGCACUUGGCUGCCUGACAUCCCACACUGGUUCAUGUGUCAGAGUCUGUUUCAACCUAUCCUGCCACAUGCAGCCACUGUGAGUCACAAUGAAGUUUCCAUUUGAAAGCCACCGCAUUGUUCCAUUUUAGUCUGGUUUAAUUUCUUCUCUGAUUUGGAACUAUAAACAAAGUAACCUGAUCUCUUUCAUACAUUUGUCCCACAGCAUUCAUGAUCACUGCUUGUCACGCUUUCCCUCCAUCAAAAAUUGCUGUUAUUUUCCUAUAGACUAUCAUCCAUCCAUUAUCAUUAAUCUCAAGGCAGUCUCACAGUGAUCCGGGGCCUGUCCCUGCAGGGUACACCCUGGAUGAGAUGCCUGUUCAUCACAAACAUAAUAUCACCGAUACUUACUUGAUAACAGAUUACAUGUAGCAGAUGAAUGCAUUUUUUUCAAUAUCCCGAUUGCCGUCGUUUAUGUACUGAAUGCAUAGGAAUAAUUUAUAGCCAUCACAGUGGAAGUGGGCCCAUCACACGAAGCUAUCGGUCGCCUGCAGCGGUUUUCCGCCAGGAUGCAUUGGAGCCAUCCCUAUAUAGUUACCCAGGUCUUGUUUCUGUCACCUCCUCCCAACCAAAUACAGAAAGUGAAUUAAGUGAAACGUUAGCUAGGUACAAUCACUGGCUGCGACCAAACCUCUCAGGUGUCCAUCACUCUGCUGCCUCACCAGUGCUUUGGUGUACAAGCCAUGAAACCUGGGAUUCUCCCACUCGAUGGUUAAAACAACCCUAUUUCUUCUUGUACUUUUGUAUGUGUACAGACAUAUCAGUGUACGCUCAUAAAAAGCUGCAGAGCGUAGGAAAGCAAGUAUGAAAGGCCUUCAGUGAAUCUUAUCAAGGGGUGGAAUGUUCCGAUUUGUUGAAGAAGCCCUAAUUUGGUUGCCCGUUGUUUUAACCUACCUUGUCCAGAGAUCAUGCCCAUACCGUGUGUAAAUGAAUCCAGUGUACCACAGUGAACAGUGCGUUUCUUGGAUUCAUAAUGGACUUUGCCGUUUCAUCGCCUCGAUCAAGUGACGAGACGGUCAUUGUGAAAAAUGUGACUCAAGGACAACUGUGGCUGCGUGGAACUUGUUGAUGCUCCUUUUGGAUGUGUUUUUGUCCUGUUGGAUGAAACAGUACAAAUUGUGCGUACCUGCUAUGUUUGACAUUUGAGACUGGUCUGGGUACAUUUUAUGUAAUGUGAACGGGAGGUAAAUGGAGCUGAAGCGAAAAUAACAGUAAGUUAUUUCAUAAAUGUGGCUCGGUUUAGCAUUGCAUGAAAAGGAACAAGCUUCAGGAGGCAUGGGACACUCAUUACAAAUUUGAUUCAGGUCAGUGGUCAUUUCUUACGAUUCUUUCUAGUCCUUUGGAAUGCCAGUUAACAGUGCUUGCCGGUGUGAGUACACCAGUUUUGAAUGUUAAGCAAAUCCACCUAUAAAAAUCUAAAGUGUGAGCUGCUCACUUAAUAGCUGUUCUUUAUUCUGGUAAUUUUGGGGAAAUCUGCCAUAGGGGAGAAAUAAAAGUGAUGGGGAGGAGUCAGUGACCGACUUCAGUGAUUAAAAAGUGGUUUCUUGUACCGCAUGGAACACCUGUACAAAUCAUAUAUAUUAUAUAUGUGUGUGUUUGUGUGUGUCUGUAUAUCUAUAUACACACACAAACACACACACACACACAUAUAUAUAAACAUUUAUGUGUAUUAAAAAUGCAGGUUUCAUUGGUGAUGCUAAUGCAAGUGCAGAAAUGCCAUGAAUGCCAGUAUGUAGGCUGUAUAUAUAGUCCUUGUUACUUGGAGACUGAGCAUGCUCUAAGAAUAUGAUCCUCCAAACAGUGCCUCUGCAUGCAAGUGUAUCUUGUAGUCUGUAUACCAAAUCUGUACCAUAUUUGUACAAUACGAACUGCUACAAAUGUUACGCAGAGCGUUAGUACUAAAACACAGUCCCUUCUUUCACAGAGCAAUGAAAAAUUGGAAGUGUCAUAUUUAGGAUGAAUUGUUUAAAGUGUAUUAAUUUGCACUAGGACUCAGCAGUUAUAAAUUAAGUUCCAGAAAGUUUUGUUAUGUUUAAAAAUUUGUUUCAUUUAAUAUUUUUCACUGAUUAAUGCACACUGCACUUCCUGAGGCUAUGGACGUUUUCCAUUAGCCAUACAAAAUUUUUGAAAAUUUGGCAUGUCCAAAAAUGUUAUUUACUGUAAGUAUUGAUGUCAUUAGUGAAGUCAAACAGCAAUGUUUGACUGUGUCAGUGAAAUCAUUAACCCUGAAAAAAUAGUGUCCCUGCUUACACCAAACAUUUAUCACACAGCUUUAUGAAGGUCAUCUGCUAAGGAUGUAUUUAGUCUCAUACAAGUAUGUUUUCUUUACUCUCUCUUAUACGUUUGUUAAGGUCAAAUAAAGAUGGAUGCUUUUUAAGGAACUGCUACUUCAUUCCAAUGAGGUGUUGUAAAAUAAAGUGUGGCUAUCUUAAUGCGCUCAGUUGUACACAUUAAGCUCCCCUGUUGUUAUGUAUAGUUUGAAAUACAAUUAUAUGCUGGGAUGUGAAAUCAAGAACUUCAAUACCUUUUUGUUUUUUGACUCUAAAUAUUAUUAGUUCCUGGAUUUUCAGUGCGUAACUCAUGCUUGUGUUUCUGAUAUCGUUAUGUUAAUAUUUUUCAGGGUCAAUAAAAAAUAAUUUUCCACUCCAUAUAAUCUAUGUUAUUGUAUAAUUUUAAUAACUUGCUGUCAACUGAUGUUACAUGUGUACAUGGAGUGUUUUUUUUUUGCAACAAAUGUAACGAUGAAAGUUCAUGGAAACCACUUGCAAACCACAUUGCACGGAGGUUUGUAUUUUAAAGUUUCUAGUUUAGCAGCUUCUUUAAAUCAUUUCUUCUCUAAGUUCAUCAGGUUGUUUACAGGCAGUCGUCUAUUGAAAUGUAUUAAACAUACUACUUGUAGUUCUAUAACUUUCUAAACUUCUUAAUCUUGGAUUUCAUAGGGUGUUUCCUGUUGGGGAUGUUCUCCCAGUUGUUUAGAAGUUGAAACCUUUAACAGAUGUGCAUUACAUACGAGUUUUACAGUUCACCUUGAACCAUUGUUACGCUUCAUUUUUACAUUUCCAUUUUACUGCCUGCAGUCAAUGCACUCAUCGUUCGUUUUCAACAGGUGUAGCUCUAAUAUUGAUUCAGUGCUAUGUAGUAAUGAAAAGUGAGGUCUCCGUCUGUUGUUACUGUACUUUUUGAAGUUAAAUUAUGGAGUACAAUAAAUGGACCAAGCUUUGUCGGUCUUACUGCAGUUUGCAGUCAGGCUGUCGUGCUCCUUCGGCCUGCUGGACGGCGCACUGAGUUCUUCCAUUUCAUGUUCUUUUCAGUGCGCUUGUGCUUUGUUUUGUUUUCAUUCGUCCCUGUUAUUAUUAAGAAACAUUUUCAUAAAUAUACUAAUAAAGUUGACUUCUAA